UGAAAACAAACAGAAAUGCAAACAGAGAGAGACUAGGAAGCCGAGGGCCCCGCCCUCCUCUGCUUUCUACAUAAAAGCGCCCUUCCCUUCUUAGGUGACACCUACCAUCCUCCAAGACCUUUCCCUUACUUCCGUACUUCUGGGUUGCUUCCGCCACAUCUCUUUUAACGCCGAGAUUCGCUCGUCGCCAUGGUGACACAUGAUAGUUAUGGACUGUAGACUAGAAGGACCCCAAGUUCUUUGCCCGGCAGUCCACGCGUGUCUACUGUCCACAGUGGACGCACAGAGACGCUACGCAAGUCCGCGUAGCUCCACCUGAGAGUCCGGGAGUGUGCGACAGCCUCGCGCAUACGUGUUACAACGGUUAAAAGCCGUGACAUUUUCUUCUCUUUGAUUGUCUUUUUGUGGCACAAAUGAGGGGAAAAGAAACAUUUCGAAGCCCAUUUCCCACACCGAGAUGUCUGGCGGCAGCGGCGCCCGCAGGGAAGUCGAAGUUAACCCACCCGGGAAAAGCGAUUCUUGCAGGUGGUAUUGCAGGCGGAAUCGAGAUUUGCAUCACCUUUCCCACAGAGUAUGUGAAGACCCAAUUACAGCUGGACGAGAAGGCCAACCCUCCUAAAUACAGAGGAAUAGGUGAUUGCGUGAGGCAGACUGUACAGGGUCACGGUGUCAAAGGACUCUACCGAGGCCUCAGCUCGUUGCUCUAUGGAUCCAUUCCUAAAUCUGCAGUUAGGUUUGGAGUGUUUGAGUUCCUCAGUAACCAUGCAAAGGACGAGUCAGGUCGACUGGACAGCACUCGGGGUCUGCUGUGUGGUCUCGGAGCUGGGGUGAUGGAGGCCGUGUUGGUAGUUUGUCCCAUGGAAACUGUCAAGGUUAAAUUCAUCCAUGACCAGACGUCGGCAAACCCCAAAUACAGAGGUUUCUACCACGGAGUCAGAGAGAUAGUUAGAGCUCAAGGUUUGAGAGGUACAUACCAAGGUCUCACUGCCACUGUGCUCAAACAAGGCUCCAACCAGGCCAUUCGCUUCUUUGUGAUGACCUCGCUGAAGAACUGGUACAAAGGUGAUAACCCCAACAAAUCUAUCAAUCCUUUGCUGACCGGAGUGUUUGGAGCCAUAGCUGGAGCAGCCAGUGUGUUUGGUAACACCCCUCUCGACGUCAUCAAGACAAGAAUGCAGGGUCUGGAAGCACAUAAGUAUAAGAGCACACUGGACUGUGCUGUGAAGAUCCUGCGUUAUGAGGGCUUGGCAGCUUUCUAUAAGGGGACCGUUCCUCGUCUGGGUCGUGUAUGCCUGGAUGUGGCCAUAGUAUUCAUCAUCUAUGAGGAGGUGGUCAAAGUCCUCAACCGAGUCUGGAAGACCGAGUGAGCUGCUGGACGGCAGCUUCCUGCUUCUUUUGCUUGAGUUUAGUAUACUUGUACUUACCUUUUAUUGUCGUAAAGCUAGCUGCUGAGAGCGCGAAUGUUAAACAUGUAGUGAAAAAAGGCAAUCUGUCGCCCUCAUGUGGCCACUUUGCGUAAGUGCAACGUUAGACAGUUUACAUGGCCAAUUUCACUGCUGUUACAUAACUUGAUUUAUGUACUGAAAUCACCUGGAAUCUUAAAAUCGGUUACCUUUUCAGCGAUAAAUGCUUUUUACUUCUACUCAGUUCAUAGCCUGAUAUAUUCAAAUUGUGCGUAACUGUGUCAGUCGUUCCUUAUUGCAAUGCAUAUUCAUUCAUUUAAUUAUAUAAACUACAGUCGCAUCCAUAAACAAAGCCUUUAAUAGACCGAUUUGACAUUUAGAAUAUAGUAAUUAUUUUUUCAUACAGUGCAGAUUUGAUUUCCCAGCUUGAUACUUUUAUUGUAAAGUAUUUUAUUCUUGUGCCAGAUGCCAAACCUAUUGAGAAAAAAAGUAUUUACAAAAUAUUUGGUAAAUUCCUGCUGUUUAUGGAGUAUUUAUUGACACUUGAAUGUUGCGUAUCCAUAGGUUUAAAAAACAAAAUUGUUGUUGUGUCACUCUAAGUCAGUCUGGAUGGUGUUAAAAUAUGUUUAGAAAACAAAUAUAUAUCCAAUUGCUGUAUUAGAAGUGUAACUGUGAGAGCCAACACACAGACCUCAAAGUGCUGUUCAACUUCCGCUUGAUGAUUUAUUUGUCUUUUGUUUACAUUCAAUUUUUUUUAAUUAUUGCCUAUGUUUGUAAUCUUUUUUUUUAAGCAAACUUGUUUCUCAUGGAAAUGUAGUAGGGAAUCAUACAAAAAAAUGAUAAGAAAACUUUACAUUAUGUCAGAAAUUCAAAUGAUGUAUUCAUUAAAAAAAAAACAUAUGAAGUUUAUUUUAUACUAAUUCUCGUGAAAACAUGCUCUUUUAGUGCCAUGCUUCAUUGAGAGCUUACGCUGAAUCUUUCACUUGUGCCUUUUUAUUGAUGAUUUGAAUAGCAUUACUUAUUUAACAUUCCUGACGAGCAUACUUAAAAAAAUGUGUCUCUUCUUUUUCAACACUGAAAAAUGCGAGUAUACAAUAAAUGUGCAUUUUAUGUUUUUCCAUCUGGCCGGAGACAAUGUGUAUACACUGCAGGUGAAUGCGCGUCCUUGAAGCCUGUUUGGAAUAGACCUUGUCCUUGGUGCACUGUGUAAUGGUUCAAGGAGGAGUCCUAACUCAUUAAA